AUGUCACAAUCAUUAAAACCGUACUUGACUGCCGUCAGGUCCUCACUCACCGCCGCCAUAUGUUUACAAGAUUUUUCAUCUCAAUUGGUUGAACGUCACAAUAGACCGGAGGUGGAAGUGACUCGUGUACAUGAUCCUGAACUCAUCCUCAAUCCCAUGCAUAUUGCCCGUAAUGAAAAUGAAAAGAUUUUAAUUGAACCUAGUAUAAAUUCAGUUCGGGUAUCGAUCAAGAUAAAGCAAGCUGAUGAAAUUGAACAGAUUCUAGUGCAUAAAUUCACUCGAUUCUUGACUUCUAGAGCAGAGAGUUUUUUCAUUUUGAGGAGAGUUCCAAUUAAAGGGUAUGAUAUCAGUUUCUUGAUUACUAAUUUCCAUACCGAACAAAUGCUAAAGGAUAAAUUGGUUGAUUUUAUAAUUGAAUUUAUGGAGGAUGUUGACAAGGAGAUUAGUGAGAUGAAGUUGUUUUUGAAUGCCAGAGCUAGAGUUGUUGCUGAAUCCUUCUUGAUACCUUUUGAUUGA